AUGCUCAGGAAGAUGAUGGACUCGGGGCAGCUAGACUUCUAUGAACACAGCACUCUGUGCACCAACACGUAUCGUAGUACCAAGUUUGACCUACUGAUCAACAACACACGCUUCCCCCCUGAUGGCAGCGGACUCACCACACCCAUCUCCUCACAAGCCCAGGUGGUGAUAGGUAAUGGUGGCCAGGUUGCCAUGACAACAGAGGAUAAGUCAGAGAUUCUGACCGGAACAAUGGAGUGGAGUUCAGGGGCCAUAGCCAUGGAGACAGAGAAGAAGGAAACCAGUGAGAUACAGUAUCAGGAGACGUUGAACUUCUGGAAAGGCAUAGCUGACGUGGGCCUGAUGGGGGAGGUGGUAGACAACAUCAGGACAGAGCUGUUGGAGAUGCUGAGAGGAGUGCAGCUACGCAGCGAGCAGGCUGCCCUGCAGGACGCGGGUGGGUUCUGGCACACUGGCACCUAA